GGCACUUAUUUGCAGUGCGCAAACCUUGAUUUCGGGCACCGGAUCAAUGAACGGUGGCUUACAACUUCGGAAGGCACAACUGCAACAGUCUUUUUCUUCAUUUCAUCCUCUUCCUCUUCCUCUUCGUAUCAAGAAAGCGCCUCAAGACGCUGAUCCCCACUCAUUUUUGAUUGUCGCUCGUUUGAACAUUCUUGGCCUGCCUUUUAGCUCAGGCCCUUCCAUUAAGGCAUUUGUCUUAUAUUAUACUUAGUCUUUAAAUUCGCUGUUGGCGUAAGCAGGAGACCCAUGGCGGUUUCAAUGCGCUGCAAAUGUCGCCACAGCGAACGACUACUCGUACCAUCUCUAGCCUUCGCCGCUCUCGCAAGCAACCUGCUACAAGGAGCUAUGGCACAGAGCACGUACUCUACAGCUACUCAGCAACUUCAACGUCUCCAAGAUCCUAAUGUCAUUGUCACCAACACAAACGGGACUGUCGUAGUUUACAGCCCACUCACCGGGAAUGAAAUUCCUCAAGGACUCGCAACCGAUGGCAGCGGUAGUGGAUUCUCGUUGCCUGCUGUUUUGUGGAUUGCGUUCUCUUUCACGGUUGGCGUUCCGCUCAUGCUGGCCGGCUUUCGGGGCAGGCGUUUCACCACCGGUGCGGCCAUAGGCCUAUCUGUGGCUGUCACAUCGUGGUCUGUUUUUGUUAAUACAUUGGACAAUGUCGGUAUUUCGGACAUUACCUUGACAGCUCUAGUCAUUGUACUAUUUUGUUUGGGCUUUCUCUUCGGGCUUUUAGAAGUGGGUCGUAUGGUAGGGCUCCUCCAGUUAGGCAUACAGGGUGGCCUCGCCAUCGGGAUACGGAUAGUAUUACUACGUAGCCUUCUAUUGGUACCCGACCCUGCUGCGUUCUUCGUCAAUUGGCUACUCGUUGCAAUCUGUGGUCUCGCGAGUGCAGUACUUGUCAUUUGGAAACAGCGAGCUGGACUGCUUCUAGGAUCGGCGUCUGUCGGUACUUUUUUUUGCGCCCUGGGCAUCGACUUGGCUGUUAAUCAGCAAUCUGGCAUGAGCCGGGGCCUCAGAUAUUUGAUUGACAGAAACCGUUAUCACGUCGUGGAUACAACAAGUAAUGGGUACUUUCCGCCCACGAGCACAUUGGUUAUAAUUGCACUCUCCAUUGCAUUGACACCUGCAUUUGCAUACGCCCAACAUAAGCUGUUUAAGGGUCCUUUCUGCCCAGUUCACGAUGACGAUAUCGAGUCCCUUCACGCAUCAAACGAGUCCCCAGUCGAUGAAGAACCUAAACUGUCAGGCGAGGAAGCACUGCGAACUAGUCCGCCGCCUGUGUCGGCUUUGUCAAAUUUGAUGCCUUUGCUUAAAGAUCGUCACUUGACGCCUGCUGCCACGGAGAAAGCACGAGCGACCGAAGGCAAUGCAUUCGCGGACGACAGUUAACGUUCAUCAUAGCGCAUAUACCCUCGGGUCUUGGGACUUUAUACCACAACGAUUACCUAAAUACCUUACUAGUCGCAUUUCAUUUCAUCGCCUCUCUAGUUGUUGUGGUUCUCCAUCGGAUACCUUGGCACGCAUUAUACAUCUGCUUCACACCCGGAUCCACAAUAGAUUCCCGUUUGCUUCAAAGGGACUAUCAUCUCACUCAUCUGAUUCGGCAGCUUAUUGGUUGGUUGGCUGUCGGCUUGAACUGCUAUUGACAUCGACGUGUCGCCCGAGAUUUUGACUAGUGUGUAUGCGCAUGUACCAUUGUCCAAAUGCAAAGCGUCGAGCGGAUAAAGAGCGGGGCAAGUGGCGGGC